GUUUCAUUUACGAGGGGAAGACUUGGAACUAUAUAAAAGGCCUCCGUUCCUUUACCUCUCUCAAUCUUCCCCCCUGGUCAGCAUCUGUGUUCCCUUGUGAAUUGGAUUUUUCCCUAUUACUCCAACAUGAUAUAUUCUUCUGGAAGAGAAUCAUACUUCAACUUGAACUCAACCUGGUAUGAUCCCUCAGGGUCCUGGCUGGACACCCGGCGCACACCGUUCCGCUAUGGCUACAACACCUGCUGUACAGGGUGUGACAGUGAAGGUGUCGAAGGCAUGAGAGGGCACGACUACCGGUGUUACGGUUACCGGCAGCCAGUCUGCUCUGAGAGAUGCCACAGCUACACUGCAGCUGGUUCAUGCCAUGGAGGCGGUGGCUCGAGCUGUGUCAGGAGGCCCACGUACACCUAUGGGUCAUCAGGAGGAUGCCAAACCUACGGGAGGUCGGUCUGCUCCGAGAGAUGCAACGAGCCCUCAGGUUCAUGCCAUGGAGGGGGCUCGAGCUGUGUCAGGAGGCCCACGUACACCUAUGGGUCAUCAGGAGGAUGCCAAAGCUACGGGAGGUCGGUCUGCUCCGAGAGAUGCAACGAGCCCUCAGGUUCAUGCCAUGGAGGGGGCUCAAGCUGUGUCAGGAGGCCCACGUACACCUAUGGGUCAUCAGGAGGAUGCCAAAGCUACGGGAGGUCGGUCUGCUCCGAGACAUGCCAUGGAUCAGGAUACCAGGGCGGGAAGCCAUCCUACAGUAAACCAAGGCAGUACGUCCAGCAGUGCUGCCCCGUGCAGACCUGUCCCCCUCCAGUGCAGCAAGGCUGUGUGCCUGUGGCCAAGCGCAUCCCAAGCCAGCAACAAAAGCAGGUCUGCAAAGUGCCAGCCCAGAAAAUAAAAUAGAGCACCCGAGAAGUGAGGAUGAAACUUCUCACUCUUGUAACAAUGCCUCUAUGCUAAACACAUCCCAUGUUUCUCAUAGAUUUCCACUUUUCCUGCUAUUCUACUUGUAACGUGCUUUGAAGAUGUAACCCAUUAUCUCUGUGAAAUAUUAAGUGCUUUUCACCUCCUUAUUUCACAGCAGAUGUGGAGGGAAUAAAAAUUAAUGUUUCAUAACCAAACCCCAAACCCCCGCGUCAGUGG